CCCCAAAAUAUAGAAAGUUAGACUAAAAUAAAAAUAAAAAUGCCUCAAAAAAAUCACGCGCACGCUUACCAUGUUUGUGGAGCAUGGGAUUACCCAUGAGGGCUAAGCCGAUGAAACCUCUCGAACUGUUUUAUCCAAUGAUCCAGUUUUCAAUAAAAUCGUAUACACCCUGCGGAACCGAUGAUAAAGGUCAACUAACUAACGUGCGUAACUCAAAGGGGGAAAUUAAAGGAACGCUCUAACCACACAUUGGAGGUGACGGAACUGGGUUUCUUUAUUCUGUUACGAUUGUCCCUUUCAAUAAAACUAUUUUCUAACUGCUCAUUAUGUCUUUACCUGCAGAUAUAAGAAAUACAACCGAUGCAAGGGACCAACUUGAUAAUCAAGCCGGGUUGUCGUUGAGCCCAGAAAAUGCGGCAAGAGAGCUUGGGUUCUCUGAGGAAGCAAAACCUUGUGAUAUGAAAAGCGAAAAUCAGAGGCGGGAAACAGAUCAGUCUUCGAGACAGGAGUGUGGAUAUGCCAUGUUGACUCCUCGUACAAUGAUGCUGCCAGGGGAUAGUUCCUAUGCAUCGCUGGUGAAAUCUAAAGAAGGAGACUGUACCGAUGAAUCUUCUGUGGCCGCUUCUCCUUUGCUGCAACACGAUGACGAACAUCAUGAUCAGCUACCCACAUACGUCAAUGUACGUUUGGCAAACUAUGCGAAUAUGUAAAUCGCUGGAUGAAGAGAUAAAGUGAUGACAUUAGUAGUCGAUACUUGCCUUGGGUUCCGCUCGAAUUCGUGGUAGUGAUUAAGAGAUAUUAGCUUAGAUAAUGGCCAAUUGAUGCUAAUGCGUUUUCAGUCAUGCAUUAAGUUAAUUGAAUUAAGUUAAGUUAAUCAAGGAAACUAGACAAACAAUUGAAUGACUCAGUCAGUGUUAAUGGCGCCGAUGUUGAGAAAUCUCGAAAUUUAAACAUUUUCAGAAACACUUCCACCUAAA